CUGAAGUAAAUGCAUAUGUGGGUCAUGCAAAGAACAGGCUAGAAAAUAAGGUCAGGCUCAUAUAAAAACUAUAUUUUACACAACUGAAAUAUGUCAUCAGCUUUAACUGCAGGAACAGUGAUUCCACUCUAAGGCAAAGCAAAAUUAUUUAUAUAGCACAUUUCGUACCCAGAGCCAACCCAAAGAACUUCACAGAGACAGGCAGAAGCCCAAAGCACAAAGAACGAGAACAAACAAGCAAAAGCGCAAGGAAUAAAAACAGUAAAAACAAACAGGCAAACUCACAAAGAAUAAAACCAAUAAAAACAAGCAAACAAAAGCACAAAGAAUAAAAACAUACAACCAAAUAAAUGUUUAUCAUCACAUAAGUAACAGGAUUGUGGUAUCCAUUGUAUAUGUUGAAGGGUUGACAGAAUUUAAGGAAAGGCUUUUUGUUAGGACUUUGCAGACCUAAUCCUUUUGUUGUAGUCUGGUUGGCCCACCGCCAUUGUUUCCACUGUGUUUAGUAUCUGUUAACCUGGCUGGACCUUGGCUGAGCCAGCAGUGUUUAAUAGAUUGGCCAGACUUCCCAAAGGUGGUGUGUCAACACGAUCAAUGGCCUCAAAAACACCAGUGGGGUUUAUUGGUCUGGGAAACAUGGGCAGUCCCAUGGCCAAAAACUUGUUAAAAAAUGGUUAUCCUGUUAUUGCCACCGAUGUCUUCCCUGAGUCCUGUAAGGAGCUGCAGGACCUGGGUGCUCAGGUCGUGGACUCACCAGCAGAGGUGGCAGAAAAGGCAGACCGCAUCAUCACAAUGCUGCCAUCAAGUCCCAACGUCAUAGAGGUCUACACAGGCCCAAAUGGCAUCCUCAAAAAGGUGAAGAAGGGAACACUGUUGAUCGACUCCUCCACCAUUGACCCUGCGGUUUCAAAAGAGAUGGCAGUCGCUGCAGAGAAGAUGGGUGCCGUGUUCAUGGAUGCCCCAGUGUCAGGAGGUGUCGGGGCUGCCAGCAUGGCCAAACUAACCUUCAUGGUGGGUGGAGUAGAGGAGGAAUACAACGCUGCCCAGGAGCUGCUCACCUGCAUGGGAGCCAAUGUUGUCUACUGUGGACAGGUUGGCACUGGACAGGCGGCAAAGAUCUGCAACAAUAUGCUGCUGGCCAUUGGGAUGAUUGGGACCGCAGAGACCAUGAACCUUGGCAUUAGACUGGGUUUGGACCCAAAGCUUCUGGCAAAGAUCCUCAACAUGUCCUCAGGUCGUUGCUGGUCCAGCGACACUUACAACCCAGUCCCUGGAGUCAUGGAGGGAGUCCCCUCUGCCAACAACUACCAGGGCGGCUUUGGAACCACACUAAUGGCAAAGGAUCUUGGUUUGGCCCAAAACACUGCCACCAACACGAAGACACCCAUCCCUCUGGGUUCCCUCGCCCACCAGAUCUACCGAGUCAUGUGCUCCCGCGGCUACGCUAACAAGGACUUCUCAUCUGUCUUCCAAUUCCUACGCGAGGAGGAAGGACAGUGAAUGUAGGGGGAGCGCAGCUGACUGUACCAUACACACACACACGCACACACAUACACACACACACACACACCACAACCGCACACCCCAGUGCCCCUUAUCCCACUAUGCUCAGGAGAGACUAAGGCCGUGCCCUCAGGCACAGAUCUGUGGUCCAAUUAACAUACUGUAUGUCGACAUGUGUCCCCUCAUUGCAUUAGCUGAAUCAUAUUUUCAAUUCAUGGCACUCUCUCUGCAUGCAGGGAAAUGCUAAAACUGACCUUAGAUCAGUAUCUAGAGACAAAGCAACUCUGUUCCCAGUCUGGACUGAUCCACCAGAGUGGGGGAGAGGAGAGGUAGGAUGAGGCGCUGCAGGUUUACAUUUUUCAGGAUGAUUGGUAAGAAAUAAUUGCAUGACCGUUAAAAGUGUAAGUAUGUUUUUGUCGGGUUUGUGCUUUUUGCCUGUUACCCAAAUAACCUGGAUCUGUCCCUGUUAAAUGAUAGAGUACCAAAAAAAAAACCUAAGAUACAGUAAAGAUUCACAUUCACAUGUCUUUGAAGAGACAGUGCUAGAGUGUGCAGAGUUUGUGUUAUACUUUCACUAAUGGAAAAAAAAAAACAUCCCAGAUUCACAGCACUACAUGUAAAAUAACCAAAACUGGCCAUGCUAUAGGCCAGGGGUGUCCAGACUGUUCCACAAAGGGCCGUGUGGCUGCAGGUUUUUGUUCCAGCCAAUGAAGAGCACACAGUUUGA